GUUAAAAAAUAUAGAAGACGUAUUUGUUUGGUGACUUAAAAAAAACAUUUCUUGUGUAGAGUACGUUAAUAUAUGUUUACUAUCAAAUGGUGAUAAUACUGUAGGUGUAUAGAAAAAAAUUUCAUGGAAUAUGAAAAAAAAGUUCAGCCAUAAUUCAAAGUCAAUUAAGUGCAGUUAUAAUUUGUAAAUUAAUAUGAUACAAUAUAAAACGAAUGCUUUAGGAGUUAAUAGCUCAGCGAAUAAUGGAAACCAUACUACUCAAGCGACUCCGACGACGGCCACGCCUACUGCACAAGUUAAGGCCACCUUUGUAAAUGCGGGUGGUGUGCCUACUACUGGAGUCAGUUCAGGCGGAGCACCAUUACAACAAAUAAUUAACUUACAACAGUUACCACAGAAUUUUGUUCAAGCGACUGCACCACAAGCAGCACAAACCACACAAGGUAUGCCACAAAAUAUGUUUCAAAUUGUUCAGCCUAUGCAAACAGUAACGAUUGAUGGUCAAGAAGCAAUAUUUAUACCAAAUUUAAAUGCGCAAGCAGUUAAUUUUAAUGGGCAACAAGCUUUUAUUACUCCAACGGGACAAAUAGUACGUGCUCCAACUGCGACACCUGCUCCUACUGCCGUUCAAUUACAGCCUGCACCACAGUUCAUACAAGGCAUAGGGCAAGCAGUUCAACUGCCAGUUGGUCUUGGUGGUGCUGAGCAAACGCUCCUUACAAUCCCAGGCACAAAUAUUCAAAUACCUGUAGCAAAUGUUGCAAAUGCGCACCAACAACAGUUACAACAAGUUUUGCAACAGCAACAACAACAACAGCACGCUCAUCAACAACAAAACCAAGCAUCUAAUACUAAUUCAAAUCAGUCCUCAAAUACCGGAACAACAACAUCUCAGCAACAGCAGCAGCAAACAGCUUCACAAGCUACAAACACCUCGACUACAUUACCGAGCACAAUAACGAUUCCUGGUACAAAUCUCCAAAUACCAACAACUGUUGCAGCUGCGAAUGGGUUAUUGGGCAACUUAAAUAACAUUUUAAGUGGAGGAAACACUAUUAAACUGGAAAAUGGUCAAACAUUACAAAAUAUUCAAAUACGCCCUGCAAACGCUGGUAGUUCAGUACCACAGCUUAUUCAAUUUCCUCCAACACUACAACAACAAGCGCCAGCUUUACAGCAAACAGUUGCGGUUCAAAUACCAAUACAAACAGGUGGUGGCCAAACAAUAUAUCAAACUGUCCACGUACCUAUUCAAUCUUUAGGGUCUGGUGCCUUACCGAAUAUACUACCCCCACAAGCACUGCCUAUGCCUGCUACACUUCCAGCAUCAACGCAAAUGCAAAUAAUUCCGCAAUUUACACAAAUAGCACAAAUUGUAACACCCAACGGACAAAUACAGCAAGUUCAGUUAGCGCCACUUAAUACUUUAUCAUAUCCGCAACUGCCACCGAAUGCUAAUAUAAUACACAUACAGAAUCCUAAUCAAAACAGUAAUAAUCAGCAACAGCAGCAACAACAAGCUGCCGUUGUGGCAGCCGCGCAGCAACAACAUCAACAACAACAGGCUGCUCAACAACAAGCGCAGCAACAACAGCAAAUGCAAAUACAACAACAGCAGAUCAUAAAUGCCAUUAAUUCGGCAAAUGAGUCGGGAGCACAAAUACCAACAAAUCAGCCAAUAACAAUUACCAACGCUCAAGGACAGCAGUUAACAGUAAUUCCUGCUCAGCAAUUACAACAACUACGAACACAACCGACCACAUCAGUUCAAACUGCUGCUACUCCUACUGCAGUUAGUCAGGUAGCACCUAACUUAAUACAAUUGCAACAGUUACCAGGUUUGCAGGCGUUACCAAUACAAAAUAUACCCGGAAUAGGACAGGUUCAAAUAAUACAAGCACAGCAAUUGCCUCAGAAUAUGCAAAAUAAUCUUCAGCAAGUAAUUACUGCCACACCAAUAACACAAACACAACAUCAGGCACAGAAUUCUAUACAAAUGCAAGGAACAGCACCUACAAAUCCACAAGUUCCACAACCAGCAAACGUUGGACAGAUCAGCGCUACUGUACAACCGAAACAGGAGCCAACAAGUCCAUCACAAAUUACUCAAAAUUUAAUUACUAACAUUAAACAAGAACCGGUUGAAGCUGUAAGUAAUGGAUCUAAUCAAACUACACAAAAUAUUAAAUGGGUAGUUCCACAAAGUAUUGCAGGAAACCUAAAUCAACAACAAAUUCAACAAUUACAGCAAAUUUCACAGCAAACACAGCAACAUCAACACCAACACCAACAAUCUAAUGAUGCAGUGUCCAUACCAGUUUCUAUUCCACCGUCAAUACAAAUAACUGCCGUCUCCCAACCACAUAGUUUUACAAUAACUCCAACCAGCACCAGUAUAGCAAACACACCACGUAGUUUACUCAAAUCCGAAUUCGCUAACAGUGCAAAUUUAACUACUCCCAAUACAACAGCCCAAAUCACUAUAGCAACAACUCCCAAUACAAAUAUCUCACAAUCGACUACACAGCAAACGCAGCAACCAACCUCAGCCACAUCUACAACUGGUCCACAGACUUCGGUAAAUGUCAAUAUAAACGUGAAUGAUACGGGUGGUUUAGAUAUAAAACCUCGAGUUAAGCGUGUGGCAUGCACCUGCCCAAACUGUACGGAGGGUGAGAAGCAUGCCGAUCGUAAACGACAACAUAGCUGCCAUAUACCAGGUUGCAACAAAGUAUAUGGUAAAACAUCUCAUCUUCGAGCCCAUCUACGUUGGCAUACUGGCGAACGUCCAUUUGUUUGCUCAUGGAUGUUUUGCGGAAAACGCUUUACUCGAUCUGAUGAACUGCAAAGGCAUCGUAGAACACAUACUGGAGAAAAACGUUUCCAGUGCCGUGAAUGUAAUAAAAAAUUCAUGCGAAGCGAUCAUCUUUCGAAACACAUUAAAACUCAUUACAAAGUCCGUUCAUCAAUUGAUGGCUUUGAAGUACGUUCUCCAAUCGAAGUGAUGGAUAUGCUUAAGCAGGAAAAAUUAGAACACGAAUCUGGUGCAGAAAGUGAUAGUAAAGGGACUGAAAACACCAGCACACCAAAAAGUAUUACAACAGCAAAUGGCAUUGUCACUAUUGAAAUACCAAGCGGCGUAACAACCGGUACAGCGGCAACGGUUGCAGGUUCAACUGCUAUUACGGGUGCUUCUGCGCAAAUGUCUAGUGCUAAUAGCAUGACAGAUGUAGGUGAUGAAGGCUCUUCAGAUAGUUUCAUUGAUGAUGAUGAGGAUGACGUUGAUGAUGACAGUGCUGACGAUGAAAAAAUGACUAUCAAUGUCAGUGAGUUCUUGGAAAAUUCUAACUAACAUUCGGAGACCCUGUUCAUGGAACAGUUAUUAUUUAAUCAGUUUUAAAGCCUGGUGUGUACAUAAUUUUAAAAGUCAAAAUAAACAAUUUUAAAUUUAAGAAUAUUAUUUUUAAUUAAACUACUUUAAUAUUUAGUCUAUUCAAACUACAUUUUGUCUGUAUAUAUUUAUUUGUUGUAUGUAAUUUA